UCCGGGGAGACCGGAUAUAGCGAAUGCGGGGUCCGGGGAGACCGGAUAUAGCGAAUGCGGGGUCCGGGGAGACCGGAUAUAGCGAAUGCGGGGUCCGGGGAGACCGGAUAUAGCGAAUGCGGGGUCCGGGGAGACCGGAUAUAGCGAAUGCGGGGUCCGGGGAGACCGGAUAUAGCGAAUGCGGGGUCCGGGGGAGACCGGAUAUAGCGAAUGCGGGGUCCGGGGAGACCGGAUAUAGCGAAUGCGGGGGUCCGGGGAGACCGGAUAUAGCGAAUGCAGGGUCCGGGGAGACCGGAUAUAGCGAAUGCAGGGUCCGGGGGAGACCGGAUAUAGCGAAUGCAGGGUCCGGGGAGACCGGAUAUAGUGAAUGCAGGGUCCGGGGAGACCGGAUAUAGUGAAUGCAGGGUCCGGGGAGACCGGAUAUAGUGAAUGCAGGGUCCGGGGAGACCGGAUAUAGUGAAUGCAGGGUCCGGGGAGACCGGAUAUAGUGAAUGCAGGGUCCGGGGAGAGACCGGAUAUAGUGAAUGCAGGGUCCGGGGAGACCGGAUAUAGUGAAUGCAGGGUCCCGGG